UUCUUAAGAGUGACGUAAGUAGAUAUUUACUUACAUAUGUAGAUACCUAUCUGCAAUAAACAUACCUACGUGAAAUUUGUCGUUCAAGUGCUUAUUUCAUUCUAUCGAGAGUUGAGAAAAAAAAAUUUACAUUACUGAUUAUUUAAAAUGGCUUCAAAACAAUAUGAAUACUGCACGAAAACUCAACUAGUUGAAAUUCUGGCUGAUUUAGACGCUACCGAGGAAUCCAUCAAGAAUGGUAUUCAAUGUCUGAAGGAAUGGAUGAGAAAACAACCUCACUUGCCAGUGAUAGAAGAUGAUGAAUGGCUGUUUAAUUUUUUAUUAAAGAGCAAAAACAGUCUGGAAAUUGCUAAGAAAAAGAUUGAAGAAUAUUUCACAAUAAAAACCUUGAUGCCGGAAAUUUUUCAAGAUCGUGACCCGUGCUCUGAAACAAUUAUGAAUGCAAGUCGACAAGGGUGCUACAUUCCAACUUUGAAAUUAACUCCGGAUGGAUAUCGUGUUAUAAUAUUUCAAAUAUUUGACAAUUCAGAGAACAGUUUUUCGGAUGCAGAAAGUAUUCUGAAACUUGUACAAAUCAUGAUCGACCAUAGUCUGAAGGUUGAUAAAAUUCGUGGAACGAUUUUUAUUCAUGAUUUACAAAAUGCUUCUUUAAAUGUCAUAGCUAAGAUGCUGCCUCAAAUAAGAAAUCUAGUUUCUUUAACUUUGAAAGCUAACCCGGGUCGUUUUCAAAAGGUUUACUUGCUGCAUAUGAAACCAGCUCUGGAACCCAUUAUUAGCUUCACUAAAUCGUUGAUGAAAAAAAAGUUAGGCGAAAGAUGGGUAAUAUGGAAAGAUGAUCCAAAAAAAUUAGCCACCGUUCUACCAAAAGAAGUAUUACCAGCAAUUUAUGGAGGAGAGUUAGAAUUAACCAUGGAAGAGUUGAGAGAUAUUUGGUUCGAGGAAGUGAAAAAAUGUCGAGAUUGGUUCAUUUCCGAUGAAAAGAACAAAGCUGAUUUGAGUAAAAAACCUGCUGAUGAUUUAUAUGAAAACGACGCAGCUGCUAUUAAUUACGGAAUAAAUGGCUCAUUUCGUAAAAUCUGCGUGGAUUGAUUACAUAAGUAGGUAUAAUAUUAUUGGUAAAUGUUUGUACAGGCUUUUUGGGCCUAAAUUUCAAUAAAAAUCGUGUGUAUUUUCAA